UGGUUUGGAUGGGAACCCCUGUGUGUCUCUCUCAGGCAGUCCUGCAUCCUGUCCCAAGUUCGUUCAGUAGAAGCCGAACACAGUAUGCGAGCUUUCCAAGGUGUCUUUAGAUUUUUCACACUGAAUUCCACUGAUCCCACUUCUUCUGAUCAACGUAAACAGCUUCGCUGAUCCGCGUUGCGACUAUGGGUAGUAUACUGCUUUAAAUCUCUGGAGGAACGUGGUUGUUCUCAUUUGACUCUUGUUGCUGGCUGAAUUCUUCAUUACAUUCUGGUGCUUCAGCGUCGGUUAUGAUCCUGACCGUUGGUUGAAAUUAGUGUGCUUGCAUACGCACUCUAGUCGUCAUACGUUGGUUGCUGGCUGGUUUCCUGAUUGACGAAGUUUCGUACCGCCCCCUGGCUUCCGAACGACGGCUGACAGCAACAGCAUUUUAACGAUUCGUCAAUCGAGAGAACGACAUGAGGUCGAUCAAAGGAAAGCACAUGGUCAUUACCGGAGGUUCAAGUGGAAUCGGCCUCGCAUGCGCUAAGCGCUUCUUUCGCGAGGGUGCGAAUGUGACAUUGAUUGCGCGGAAUCACAAGAAGCUAGUUCAAGCAAAGAAGGAGGUGGAAGCUUCCCUUGACAUUGCUACCGACCCUUUAGGCGGCACCAGGGCUUCCCUCAUUUCACCGAAUCCGUGGGUAUCAAUAAAGUCCGUGGAUGCGACUGACCAAGCGGCUAUCAAGGCAGCGAUCAUAUUAAUAGACGAGGAGUGUCCAAUCGACAUCCUGCAGUGCAACGCUGGCGUUGUGAAAACCGGCCACGUGGAAGACAUAUCCGCUGAGGACGUUCAGUCCCAAGUGCACACAAACUUCCUGGGGAGUGUCUACCCGGUGCAGGCUGUACUUCCAAGCAUGAAGGCUCGGGCCGAGGCUGGGGAGGAGCCUGGUGCUAUUGUCUUCACAUGCUCUUUAGCAGCUCUGAGCUUCUGGUAUGGAGCAUCGAUAUAUACAGCCACCAAGUAUGCAGUCAGGGGAUUCGCUGAGGCUUUGCGGCUUGAGGUUCUUCCGUACAACAUUCAAGUGUCUGUGAUUUGUCCAGGCUUCACAGACACAGCGCUACUUAAUGAUGCCGAGACCACAGGCAAGCAUUUAACCAGAUCGAUGAAGAUCGCAUGCUUCUACGACCGCAACAAUGUCGAAUCUCCAGACUCCAUAGCCCAAUGCACACUUGCAACUGUUCAUUCCGGAGAGUUUUUAGUAGUCACAACACAUGGCAUUGUCCCACGGACGCUGUGCUCCUUGUCGAGAGGGAUUUUCCCGUCCAACAACGUCUUCAUGUGGCUGUUCGAGAUCAUCUGGGCUUUUGGCUGCAGGAUUGUAUCACUGCUGGUCCGUAUGCUUAUAUUCUCUGGGUUGCGCGCCGUCCACAAGCAGCAGCAGCAGCAGCAGCAACAGAAGCAGCAGCAGCAGCAGCAGCAGCAGCAGCAGGGAGGGAAGAAGGGAGGUGGAGCUGUGUCUUAGCAGUCGCUCUGGUUUCAGUGGCUAACUAGCAUAACAAAUGUGCAGGUGCAUGCAUCUGCCGUGAUUCUGAUGCCGCAGCAGCCAUCUAACACACUGCUGGAGGCCAUUGAGCGGUACUAACAUUCUGCCUUCCCAUCCCAGCACGAGGGCAAUCAGCAGCUAAAACCAAGGCGCUGAUGCGCCAUCCAACCUCCCAUCACCCAGGGUUGAUGAAAGACACUCCUUUUCGUGUCACCUGCUGACUACUAACAAGAGCUUUCCUGGUUCAGGGUAGACGACAGAAGCCGUUGAUACACUAUUACAUAGCAUUCUCUUUUAUUCUUCUCAAACUUUUACUGUCUCAGGGCUGGAAGCCGUGCAUUCAUGAAACUGGUGCUCCAACAACCCACGUUUACCAUGGUGAAGGGCAUUUUUAUUCCGGAGAGCUGAUCUCUUGCUGACGGAUACAUUAGAAUUCAUGGCAGGCAGGCAGACCAUGAGGAGACUACUUAUCUUACAAGCGUGUAAAGACUUCUUCAAGUUUAAUAUAGGAAAGGGCUUUUC